AUGAAUUUCUGUUCAACAUUCAACGAAACGUCGCUUCUCUUGAUUCAUAAUACUCAGCGACUUGCGCAUACUGAGGAUUUGCUGGCGCCCAAUCGUGGCGUUUGUCGCAAGAGCCUCGAUAAAAGUUGCUUCCUGUGGGCGACCCAGCGACAGCAACUUUCUCCGAGCCUAAGCUUCUGGGAUUCUCGUGACACAUUGAAAACUGCGACAUCUACCGAUUCGACCCGACAACGGUGGCCACUGAAGUCUGGUCUCACCAGAAGAUGCCCGCCCACCUGUUGCCGCAAUGAAGACACGAAAGUGCUGCUGGACGUGCACAGAUCCCAGCGAAAAUGUGAAGGAUACGAGCUUCGAUUGUCGUGGCCGAGGGAAGGCGACAACAAACGAGCGCUGAAGGGUAUUGAAGCACCAGCAGUGACGGCCAUUGAACGGUCGAACCCAAGUGUCGUCAAUCCCUUUUUCGUGAAUGCAACUUCGCAUCACAUGGAAUUGUAUGGCUACUCGGCCCUGCAGAGCCAUGGAUGUCAUACAACGCCAUUGUUUCCAAGGCUCCUGAGGCAGCCCCAAAUUGGAGUCGGUUCAUGUUCCAUGAACGCAGAUCUUUUCCAUCACUUUCAAAACUUUGCCUACAGGUCAUUGGUCACAUUUGGUCAGAAUACCUGGAAAAUUCGAAACGCGCUUAUGAGCAUGGCUUUAACCAAAGAUUCAAAUUCCGGGCUUGCUCUUCUCAAUUCGUUACUUUCUUAUGCUUCACUACACCGCCAUGGGCUCAAUGAACAAGCGUUGAAGCUAAAGAUACAGGCAAUUCACUAUCUAUCAACCUCAGUGACCAGCGAGGCCUUGAUCUUGGGGAGAGCGGCUCAGCACGUGGCUGCGUCUAUGGUUCUUGGAGCUUUUGAGAUAAUGCAACCUUCGGAAGGCUCGGGCGAGUGGCUUUUGCACACAUGGGGGGCUGUUGACAUGAUUCAUGCCACUCGACUACAGGACGAACCGCAUGACAGUGACGUUGGUCAAUUGUUGAGCUGGGCUUACUAUCAUGAGACCCAAUCUCGGUUCGCUUUGCACCAUUGGCGCCACAAGUCUUUUAUUCCUACGAAAUCAGUCAAGCAGAAUGAACCCUGGCAGAAUAUACCGCCCGUGAAUCCGACUUAUGCGAUUCUCAAUCUGCUUUCCGAGGUUUGCGACACGCUAGUAGAUCCUCGAGAUCCUCGAAGUCAGGACGAAAGUUACCAGAAUCAGCUCAAGGACCUUGGCGGAAGGGUCCGAGACAUCUCUGUCAAACCAGCCAUCCCAUCGGCUUCAGAUCCGGAGGCCGCCUUCGCUAUCGAACUGUACCAGAUGGCGACUCAGAUCUAUCUUGUACGAGCCUCGCAAAGCCCAUGGGAACCUCCUGCGGACCUUGAUGCUCUGGUGGAGGCGGCUUUCGCGGGACCUGUUCAGUCAUGCACCUGCGAGCACUUCUUUCCCCUACUGAUUCUUGCUUGCGAGGCACAACGUGACGAACAGAGGAUCGGCAUCAUCAAUCUGAUCGAAAGAACCCAAAGAGAUGUUCGAAUACGAAGCAUACAAGCAGUCAAGAAUACCAUACAGUCCAUUUGGGUGCAGCAAGAUCUGCACAAGGAUGACGAUGUGUUGGUGGACUAUCUUGGCACCUUGAGUUCGGCGAUCAGCUCCAGCAAUACAAGUCAACACAGCGAAUGUAAUAGAAUCGUCGUCCCGGAGUCUUCGAUCACAGCCGCACAACAAUUAUUGUUCAUGAGACCCUCUCAGGAGCAGUAA